AUGCUGGGGAGGUUGAUUCAAGGGUAUGCCAGAGGCAGCCAGCUCGAAAGUGCGACAGAUGAGACACAUACACGCACCCUUCUGUGGCCGGAAGUCCAUCUUGAGGGACGGUCGAAUUCAGCUUCGCCGCCUACCACCCCCUUUGGCUCUCCUACAGUCCGCAUCUCGCCCUUCGAUGACCGUGCUGGCUUGGAAUGGAAUGAGACAAGAGAUUUGAGACUCAUUGUGGCGCAGGAUGCUUUCGGCACAAAUGACCGUCCUCUGCUGCUGUUCGACACUCACCCGGUCGACGCUAGAGACUCGAGCACUGCUCAGAGGACGGGCAAUCUGUCUCAGCCUGCUGGACAAGCGGCUCGUGCAGGUCCUGGCACUCCCGUAAUGGGGCAAUUCAGGAACAGGAGCUCAACCAUCUCGGGAGGGCCGGCAUCCUGGACGCGCACCAACAAAGAGUCGGAAACCACGGACCAUCUCAGCAAUAUCCUCGACUGCAUGUUUGGUGUAAGCAGUGCAGCAAAAUCCGGAUCCAGCACCAAAUUGCACUUCCUCCCAGGUGACCGGAGCCCGUUGAGCGACCUAAGUCCGCGCACGCCUACAUCCAAUGCUCCGGCCACGGCACCUUCUCGUACCCCUCUGGUGAGAGCAAAAACGGCUAUAAAUGCUGAGAAUACCCAUACUUCAACAUCCAGUGUAAAGGUACCAGAUCCUGAAACGCGGGAUGCCAUCUUAGUUACUCGUAUGUUUCCCGUUGCCCUCCCCGAGGCGCAGGACGAUAUAAGGCACCAUAGGGGGUCCUCUGCUGGGCAAAGCAGCUCACCUAGUCCGAUGUCAAGCAAGAAGGGUGAGCAGGCCGACUCCCCGAUACAGGCUAAGAAACCAAAGCUGGUGGAGAAGAAGACACCAGUAUUUGCGAUGGGCCUGCUUUUCUAUCUACCUCGCCCUGGGGAUGUGCGCCCUAGUACUUCUUCGGCACGCCCCCCGUCAAGGGCCUCAUUUACAGCGUCAUCGACUCCUAACUCUCAAGCGUCUGGGUCUUUCUCGUCAUGGACAUUCCUGAAUGCUAUCCCGGAGCAUUUGUGGACCGAUGAGGGAUCGAGCUACCUGACCGACAAGGGCAUGGAAAUCGUGGUCCGAAACUGGGACGUUAUACUAAGGAGCCUCGCUGUAAUCGAGGCACUGGCGCACGACAAGAUCAGCGGGCUUCUUCAGGAGGUCGACUUUGCCUUGAUAAGCUCUGCUGCCAAAGCGCCCAAGGGCCCCUAUGAACAACGUACAAACCAGCGCAAUAUCUAUCUUCGGACAUCAAACCAGUUGAGCCAGUUUACAGAUCUUCAACGCGCUGCCAAGCACACCUUGUGGCGUAUCUCUUAUGCCUUGCGCAUUCCACGUGUGCUGACUGGUUUGGGUCUUGAUAAUGGCGGUCAUUGGCUGGAUGAAGCUCGCUAUCUCGUACGGCUUUGUGGGACUAGGCAGCAGAAUUUCUUCCUCUUCAACCUCUUGACGGCGUUCCUGGGCAGCCACACAGAAUGGCUGGAGAGGUUAGGGCCCGACCGGUAUCGCAAACAGUUUCGUGCGUUGCACAAAGGAAAAGCUCCACACAGCAGUCUUGCAUCUCGGACCGUCAUCAUCUGCGAUAAUCGCUCCACGGCGCGCCGUAUAAUCUUUUUACUUGCUUCAUUUCUGCCACGCAAUGCGCUCGCCAAGCAAGGAAGCGACUUCUUUUCGCCGCUCCUCACGCCCGACAUCAGCUCCUCGUCACCAGCAAAUAGAGGGCUCCAUGAAGGUUCCUUGCGUCGCCAUGCUCACAACAAGUCCCGCGACGGGCCUGUCUCGUUCCCUCGUCGUGAUAUCUCCGGGCUCUCCACCAGCGACUCAUCCUCCGAAAGUGUUAGCGCCAUCUCUCGAGCAAUUCGCAGUCAUACUCGUCUGCCCGUCUCGCGCAGCGAAAUCGAGCCCGGCUCCAGCAGACAGACCUCGGUGUUCGCGCCGGUCGACGGGCAAGGGCAAGCUCACAAAACAAAUGCCACCAGUUCCACAGCGACUUCUGGGUUGGGAACUCCGGUUCCACACUUUGCGACAAAGACUGACAGUUACUUCCCUGAGACCGUUAUUGUCGAUGGCGACACAACUGUUGCGGAGGCGGAUCUUGCAAGAAUACUCCGACGAGAUAGCACUAGUCACGCCCGCUCCAGACCGCCGAGCAUCAAUUGGGGAUCGUUGGUCAGCAAUGUCUCUGGACUUUGGAGCAAAAGACAAGAUUCUACGGGUCUAUCAAGUGAGAUUUCCAGCACAACAGCCACGGGGAGUUUGAGCGAACGCCGCAGGCUUGCGCCGAGAUCAGUACCCAUCCAGGGGAGACUGCCCAGCCAACUGGAAGCCAUGGUUGACGAAGCCACUCGUCUGCGACAGGAGACAACGGAUCAUGGAAUGGCGCACACAGCGGGUCGUCAUCCCUCCAUCGAUCCGAGUGAGGUACGCCCUCCACAGCUGACGGUCGACGACAAAGACGGUGUCAUCGACGUGGACCUGAACCUUCCAGGGUUCAUCAGCUGGAAUGAUGGGAAAUCUCCUUCGUCGUCACUGCAACACCAUUCUCCCUCCUUCGCAAGCACGGACGAAGGUGGGUCGUCGUACAGCUCCCGCUCGUUCGGCGUCGAAGCCGCGGGCUCAAAUCCUACCAAAGUCGCAGGCUAUCUAAAGCGGUACCACGAGGAUUUCGUUCUCCAAGGCGUCAAAGCUUACCCGGAGCUCCAAGCUGAAGUAGAGCAGAGCAUGUCGAGAGAAGAGGCCCUCACGGACGUGUGCUGUAUCCCACUGUCAGAACAACAGAGCAAGGAACGAUGGUCUCAUGUUUGUACGACUCUACUCGCAGAUUUCCGCACUUUCACGAUUCAACGCCUGACCUUGAAACGCAUGAUGCAUAGGGAGGAUUUGACCGAUGAGCCGGCAGUUAGCGGGGCUGAUCCAAACGCAGAAGGGAUCUCUGGUUCAGCGGCUUCGUCAAGACGCCAGUCACGUGCCAAAAUUAUGACUGUCGAGCGGUUCGAACAUGAGAAAGUCAUGGACUUUGACACAACGCUCACAGACGCGAUCGAACGUGUCCUGAAUGAGACCGAGGCGGUGAGGCAAAAGCCGGUUGCAACAUCCAGGACACAUUCGCGUACUGCGUCUGCUGCUACGACUACUUCUGCCAGAUCCAUGCCACUGGCUAUUUCUGGUUCUGGGAAAACCCGGGCUUGGCAUCCUGCAUCUACAACGGCACAGUCAGGCUGCCGGCAAGCCGUUGUUGGAGCGUUGGAGGAAGUGGUAAAAAGUGUAAAUGAUGAUUUGGCCAGACAUCAUCGCCGCCGUGGUGCCGAUGGCCAGGUCACCCUCGAUGGGAAUGCGGUGGAGCAAGAAAUGAAGCAGGACAAUGUCUUGCGCGAAGGAGUGAAGAAGUGGCUCCUCAACGUCGAAACGAGGAGCGUAUGGUGA